AUGUUUUAUUCACCAAGGGUAUGGGAAAGGUUUACUCUCUUGGAACGUUCGUUCACGCGAAAGAAAUUCAAUUUAUACAUGGGUUAUCAACACGAAAGCGACCCCCGAAAAAUUCAGAUGUGCUUGUCUCGCGUUGGUUCCUUCUUUAAGACUAUCAUUAUUCCACCAAUGAAAGAUUACUACAACCUGUACGAAUUUCUGCGGAUUCUUGGUUACUUUCUGUCAUUCUUUGACAGGAACCCAAUGCCGCACUUGCACACGUUUCGCUUCUCUUUCCACUGCGAAUUUUGGGACAAAAAUGGUUUGACUAUCCACGGUACCGGUGGUGAUAUCUGGGACAAGACAAAAAAGGUUAUAAGUCACAUGAGAAAUCUUAAAGAACUUCAGUUGUCUGAUUUGUUACUAGAGAUGAAAGAUGCCCCGAAUCUUUUAGAUGCCGCCUACGCCUCAAGCGAUGACACUCUGCAGAUAUUGUCUCUUAGAAAUUGCACUAAUGAGCCAUUUCCCUUGGUUCAGAUCGCUCAGUUCUCUGCCCUUCAAAAACUAAUUAUCUCUCCAAUAAGCCUGGAUGACGAGACUGUCCUUUUAUUUGGUGGCACACAACUGACCGAAAUCCAAAUUGUUCAGGACCAUCUGACCUGUGCUUGUUUACCCGUUUCCGCAGAUGCAUGGCGUUUUCUCAAAGAGAUGAUCCCUUAUGUGAGGAUCAUUUUAAAAGCAACUGGGCGAUUUAAAGGAGAGCUUUUAUUGCAGCCCAGUGCUCCCGUCUACUCAAUCAUUUACGAGAACCCACACAGCCAACUGAAGCCAUCCGUUGCCAUGCAGCUCUCUGACUUUUACAACGAACAGUUGGAAAUGUUUGCGCAAACAAAACUACCCCGAAUCCACGGUUCCCGCUCGUUCUCCGAGCGCGCCGACACAAAUAUCAUUUUCUUAGUGAAGAGCUGUCCCAGACUUCACACACUCAUCAUUCGACAGAGGCUCUCAACUGCCACCGUCCUCAUUCUUUUACGAGAAGCGAAGAACCUGAAAAAGCUUUAUAUACGCCAAAAUGCCAUUUUGAAAAAGUUUGACUGGCCCCGUUCUUCGGAAUGGUCCACAGAUUAUUAUCGUUGGUUAAAAAGGACUUCUUACUCGUGGCAGUCAUUCAUCGAUUAUGUCUCCAGUAUAUUAGGUUAUAAAUGGCGACCAUUAGUGGAUAAAGAAUUUCGACUUUUGUCUUUAACGUGA